CGCUGUUUGAGAACGAGGAUCAAUGGAGUUGAAGGGCCUUCCCUUGUUAAUAUUUUGCUACAGUGUUCUUUGUUUCCUGUCAAACAUCUCGAUAGCAGUCGACACCAUGGCUCUAAACCAAACUAUUACAGGUGAUCAAACCCUUGUUUCCGCAGGCCAAACCUUUGAACUUGGAUUCUUCACUCCCGGCAAUUCCAGGAACUGUUACUUGGGGAUAUGGUACAAGAACAUCCCUCUUCCUACAAUAGUUUGGGUUGCAAACAGAGACAACCCACUUACAGAUUCCUCCGGAGCUCUAAAGAUCGGAGAUAAUGGAAAUCUUGUACUCCUCAACAAGACAGGGAGCAUUGUAUGGUCCUCGAUUUCGUCCAGAGCAGCCAAGAUCCCAAUUGCACAGCUCUUAGACUCUGGAAAUCUUGUUCUAAGAGAUGAGAGUGGUGAUGAUUCAGAAAGCUAUCUAUGGCAGAGCUUUGAUUAUCCGUCCGAUACAUUGAUGCCAGGAAUGAAGUUUGGAUUGAACUUUAAAACCGGCCAUAGCUGGUACUUAACAUCCUGGAAGGCUGUAGAGGACCCUUCCACGGGAGAUUUCACUUACAAACUAGAUAUUCGUGGUCUUCCUCAGCUACUCGUACGCAAGGGUGGAGAGUCAGGAGAUGUUCAAUAUCGAAGUGGGCCAUGGGAUGGGGUUCGAUUUGGUGGUGGCUUUAUGAGGAAAAACUCGGUUUUCAAUCCCAUCUUCGUCUUUGAUGCGGAGGAAGUGUAUUAUGCGUUCGAGAACAAUGACAAAUCAGCUAUAACGAGGUUUGUGGUGAAUCAGUCUGGGUCGCUUCAGUAUCUUACAUGGAACGAUAGGCGGCAAGAAUGGGUUGAUAUAAUAAUGUUGCAGAAGGACAACUGUGACAAUUAUGGGCUGUGUGGUGGUUUUGGUAUCUGCAACAUCAAUGAUUCACCAGUCUGCGAGUGCCUGAAGGGGUUCACACCCAAAGUACCACAAGAUUAUAAUGCUCUGGAUUGGUCCGAUGGGUGUGUUCCAAAAUCACCAUCAUCAGAUUGCAAAAUGGGAGAGGGAUUCUACAAGUUUCAAGGAUUGAAAUUGCCAGAUGCAUCGCAAAUUUUGGGGAACAUGAGUAUGAGCUCUGAGGACUGCGAGAUGGUAUGCUUGAAUAACUGCUCUUGCAAGGCUUAUUCUAUUACAGAAAACAGUGGCUGUGUGGUCUGGUCUGAUGUUCUGAUUGAUAUUAGACAGUAUGUUGAAGGUGGGCAUGACCUCUAUGUUCGGCUUGCGGCUUCGGAACUAGAUUCCAAUAACAAGAAGCAAGUGGUGAUCGUAAUUAGCCUUUCAGCAAUUUCCACUGUGCUUGUCAUUGGUUCCAUUGGUUGGUGUGUCAUAUGGAACAGAAAGAGAGCACUCAGAAGAGAUAGAGACUUGCACAUUCAAGAGAAUCCAGAGGAAGACCUAGAGUUACCAUUGUUUGAUUUGGAUACAAUUAGAGAUGCCACUAAGAAUUUCUCUUUCACAAAAAUUAUUGGGAAGGGUGGUUUUGGUCCUGUUUACAAGGGUGAGCUACCAACAGGACAAGAGAUAGCAGUGAAGAGGCUUUCACAGGAUUCUGGACAAGGACUAAAUGAGUUUAAGAAUGAAGUCACUUUAAUUGCCAACCUUCAGCACCGAAAUCUCGUUAGGCUUUUAGGUUGUUGCAUUGAAGGGCAAGAAAGGAUGCUAAUCUAUGAGUACAUGCCGAACAAAAGUUUAAACACUUUUAUUUUUGGUCAAACAAAAAGUACAUCACUUGAUUGGGCAAAGCGCUUUGACAUUAUUGUAGGCAUCGCCCGAGGACUUCUUUAUCUUCAUAGAGAUUCACGAUUGAGAAUCAUCCACAGGGAUCUUAAAGCCAGCAACAUAUUAUUGGACAUUGAAAUGAAUCCAAAAAUAUCAGAUUUUGGCUUAGCAAGAAUAUUUGGAGGAGAUCAAAUUCAAGAAAAUACAAAGAGAGUGAUGGGAACCUAUGGUUAUAUGCCUCCAGAGUAUGCAAUAGAUGGGCUCUUUUCAGUGAAAUCAGAUGUGUUUAGCUUUGGUGUUAUUGUGUUAGAGAUAAUAAGUGGCAAGAAGAACAGAGGAUUUUAUCAUCCAGACCAUGACCUGAACUUGUUGGGACAUACGUGGAUUCUGUGGAAUGAAGACAGGGCGUUGGAGCUAGUGGACCCUUUGAUGGAGAGACCAUUUUCAUUACCUGAAAUGUUAAGAUGUAUUCAAGUGGGUCUCUUGUGCGUGCAGCAACGACCAGAGGAUAGGCCGACCAUGUCCUCUGUAGUAUUAAUGUUGGAUAGUGAAACUACAAUUUUGGCCCAACCUAGACAGCCAGGAUUUUAUACAGAAAGAUUUCCAACUGAAAAUGAUUUAUCUUCAACUGGGAAGAAAAAUUUUACUUCGAAUGAAGUGACUAUAACAUUGAUCGAUGGUCGAUAA